AUGUCUGAGGCUCCGGAAUCUAUCGAAACCUCGCCAGUGGUUACACCAGACGUCGCAGAAAGCGUACAGAACCAAGGUGUCGAGGUAGUACAAACAGAAGCACCCACAGAAGCUCAGGUGGUCAAAACGAAAUCUAAGAAGAAGAGAACCAAAGAUCCUGCAUUAUACCAUACUCGGAAAGCACGGAUCCAGGUGGACCCCGACUCGGUCAACACUGAUGACAGACCUCCACAGACAGGAACCGUCUAUAAUAUCUGGUUCAACAAGUGGAGUGGAGGAGACAAGGAGGAUGAAAAGUUCAACCAGAAGAAAGCAGAUGGACGAUGUAGCAUAGCCCGUGACUCAGGAUACACCCGGGCAGACAAGGUACCGGGAUCCUACUUUUGCCUGUAUUUUGCCCGGGGUCUGUGUACUCAAGGGCACAAGUGUGAGUUUCUGCAUCGUCUUCCUGUGUUGACCGACAUGUUUAGUCCUACGACUGAUUGUUUUGGUCGGGACCGGUUCUUUGACUACAGAGAUGAUAUGGGGGGUAUUGGUUCGAUCAGUAGAGUCAACCGAACUCUAUAUGUAGGUCGUAUCCAUGUGAGUGAUGCUGCCAAAGCAGGUGCUCUGGAUGAGAUUGUCUCGAGACACUUUUCUGAAUGGGGAGACGUUGACCGCAUUCGAGUUUUGCAUGACAAGGGCGUUGCAUUUGUGACAUACGCCACAGAAGUGAAUGCGCAGUUUGCUAAGGAGGCCAUGGCUCACCAGAGUCUGGAUAGUGGAGAGGUUCUUAACGUACGAUGGGCGACACAGGAUCCCGAUCCUUUGGCUCAGGCACGUGAACAGCGACGACUGGAAGAGAAUGCCGCCGAGGCUAUUAAGCGGCUGUUGCCUCAGGAGUACGUGGAUGAGCUCGAAGGUCGAGCUAAGAAGAGCAAGCCAUUGCUGGAGGGUUACGAAGAAGAUGACAGCGAGAAACUGAAGAGAAUCAUGAACAAUCAGAAGGAGGCUGGAGCUGAGCCUGCUGAAGAGGUCAAGCAGAUUGAACCUGCCCCUGAGCCUGCUGCUCCCGUAUCCACUGAUACAGGCAUGUUCAACAAGAGCUCUCUUAGUGCUCUCAAGGCUCUUAAGAAGAAAAAGAAGACCAAGGCCAAGGUAGAAGAGUAA